AUGCCGAAAGUAUCUGCAACACCAGUUUCUUCCUUCAACAUGCGAGGUCAGGUGUUUCAGGUGUCGUUGCUACUGGUAGUGAUGCUAAUCAUCAUGAUGACAACAGGAAGGAAUGUGGAGGCCAACACGUUAUCUUCUGAAACGAAACUAGAAGAAUUUGUAGAAUGUCCUUUCGAAUAUUACACUUCUGGGCAAUUAAACACGAAAAAGUAUGAUCAGUUGGUGGCAGAAUGUGCUUUUGCUCGAGUCCCUUUCCAAUACGAAACUAACACCACAGAUAUAACUUCACUCUUCAUCAAGAGAAUUAGAAAACGAGACGAAACUAAUCUGCCAAGAAAAAUAGUUUGGUUUAUUCCAGGAGGUGGAUUUGGACCUGGUCACUCAACCAUUCACCUCGAUGUGGAAAUGGUUAAAUAUUUCAUCUCUGAACUGUAUAACAGAACUGACAAUUAUCAAUAUUCCAUUUAUAGUGUCGAACAUCGAGGUGUUGGAAGAAGUGAUAGAUUAUCUUGUCAAUCAAGUCAAGCAGAAUCACCUUCUAGUGAUGGUGGUUAUUAUAUUACUAAAAAGGAAUGGCCAAAAUGUGUGCAAGAUUUGUCAAAACUUGAAACUCUGGUUUAUUCUUCGGAUAAUGCUGCAAUUGACUUGUUGAAAGUAAUGAAAAUGGUCAAGACAAUGUACAGUGAUUCAAUUCAUUACAUGUAUGGAUAUUAUUAUGGAGCUUUUUGGAUUAUGAAAACUUUGAGAUUUACUGAAUUAAAUGAUUUGACCAUGUUAAAUUCAAUUAAGGGAAUUAUGAUUGAGAAUCCAUUCACUAAAAAGUUUCAUUUGAAUGAUAUUGAUUCAGUCAUGAUUGAUACUUUCAAAAAUGUGUUGAAAUUUUGCUCGGAUAAAACACUUGCUGAUAAGUAUGACAAGACGUGUUAUGAAAAAUUGGGAGGACAAGAUGUCUAUGCAUUAUUGAAAAGUACAAUGAAGAAGGUUUACAAUGUAGAUUUUGAUUCUCAUUCAUCAGGACAUUCAGUGAUGAGUGGAGGUGGAGGUGGUGGAGGUAGUGGAGGUGGAGAGUCUGAUGGUGGACAUGGAACUGUACCAAACACUCCAUGUGGCCUUGUUUCUUCCAAACUUCCAUUCUACAAUUUAACAAGAAUAUUCGGUUCAUUGAUGAGGACAAGGAAUGGGCAAGCAAUCAUUCCUGCCAUUAUUUACCGAUUCAAUAGAUGUGAUGACAGUAAGGAUGUUCACAUCUUGUACAAUUUGGUCAAAUAUUAUGCAACAUAUGUUGAAUCCAAAUCAUAUGCCACUAACUAUUUGUUGGAUAGUGAUUCUGUAUUUUACAAUAUUGUCUUUUCAGAGUUUUGGAAGGAAUCUCACCAGACAGAGAGUGAAAUUUCUGAAGAUAUGGCUCAUUCCUAUGUAAAUACAGGUUUUGAUUUGAAACUGGCUCAAGUUUGGAAUGCAACACAUCACUGGGAGGGCCCAGAAAUCUACACUCCUAAAAUUGACACGUCCUUCUCCAAUCCAACAAAUAUUCCAAUUUUGGUUAUUGAUGCUGAUGCAGAUACUUAUAUGACUUCUGAUUAUCCUACUGAUUUUGAGAGCUCUCUCAGUGGAACAAAUCACAAACUUGUCACCAUUCCAUUUUCUCUCCCACCAACAAUUGUCAAUUCACCAGUGAAAGGAAAAUCAGAUUGUGGAAGCCAAAUACUAACUAGCUUAAUAACAUUGGAUUCAACUAAUCCAAAUGUUCAACAAGUCAACACUCAAUGCCUAGAUCAAUUACAAUUCAAUUUCACUGGAUCAUCUUCCUUCAACAAGUUAGUCUUCCAAGUUUCAGAUAUUUACGAGGGAGUCUAUGUCUACUCAACCUUCUACACUGGAACCAUCUCUACCACUCUCUUCUUUGCAGUUGUUUUGGGAAUUUCCAUUGGUUUCCUAGUUGUUCUCAUAGUUGCCAUGUGUGUCACUUGUACCAUGAGAUUGACCUUCCUUAAUAACAAGGCCUAUAAGAAACUCACCUCAAGCACAGCAAGUGGUCACGAUCCAUCCAUGUGGAACAAUCUAUAA